AUGAGGCUGCCCCAAGCCACUUCGGCCGCCCGGCUGACGACUCUUCCGCUUGGAUUCCCACACUCACUACUCCCUCUUCACUCGUCAAUGCUCCGAUUUCGGGCGUCUCGACUACCAAUUGCUUGCGCAUGCACGCCAGCACGACACCAUUUACGAUUACUUCACAGCACGGCGCGCCGAGCCGUAUGGGAGUCUUCCCGGAGCAGGGUGGUCCACUCAAGGUCGCAUCAUUCGAGAGCACGAGAUAAGAAGGAGGAGAGCAAUAGUAGCAAAGGACCAAAUCCGAAUGGACAGUCUUACGGACAGUGGAAUGGCGGACAGCAACGGACAAGGCGCGCCCGCGUCACACUCCUGGCAGCUAUCCACGGCGGUACGGCUGCCGCCCUCGGCACAGCGGCCUUUGUCGAACUCAGCGAAGAGGACAAUGCCGGCACCGGAUACACGACCGAGUCCCGCAUGCUCGAUGUGUCCCGGGAAGAAAUAGACAAGAAGCGCGCUCACGUCCACGACGGCGACGGCCGCAUCAUGUCGGCCUUGCACUACAUCGUGCGGAUUCUCGAUAUGUUUGUAUGGGAGCCGCUAUGCACGGGCCUGCGGUUCCUGCAGCUAAGCUGCCUUUUUGUGCCCGUCAUUGUGGCCGUGCCUGUCCUGUGGGUCGGCCAGCGGCAGCCCGACCGCGACGGCGAACGGUCCGGCGCGCUGUGGUGGUACGGCAUGUUGGUGAGCAGCAUGGAGCAUGCGGGGCCAACCUUUAUCAAAUUGGGCCAAUGGGCGGCGUCGCGGUCCGACAUCUUCCCACAGGAGCUGUGCGAGAUCAUGUCCAAGCUGCACUCCAAUGCGCCGGCCCAUUCGCUGCGGACCACCAAGAAAACGGUCGAGGCCGCCUUUGACAGGCGGCCCUUUGACGAGAUCUUUGCCGAGUUCCAGGAGGAGCCGUUGGGCGUGGGCGCGAUAGCGCAGGUCUACAAGGCCAAGCUGCGGCCCGACCUGGCGGUCCCUGGCGACGUGGACGUGAUGCAUGUGAAAGAGGGCGGCGCUGGUGGUGGCAUUGGCCGGGGUGGUUACGGCGACGACGACUACGCUUCGUCUGCCACUUCGGUCCCCCAAAGCCUGGCGGCCGUGCGCGAAAAGGUGCAGAGCAACGUUCGGCGACACGUCGAUCCGCUGCUCAAGAGUUCGCCCCAGCGCGUGCCCUCGUCGUACGUGGCCAUCAAGGUGCUGCACCCCGGCGUCGAGCGCACGGUGCGGCGCGACCUGCGCAUCAUGCACUUCUUUGCUUCUCUUCUCAACGCGGUGCCGGGCAUCGAGUGGCUGUCGCUGCCCGACGAGGUCGUGCAGUUUGGCGAGAUGAUGAAGCUGCAGCUCGACCUGCGCAUCGAGGCGGCCAACCUGGCCAUGUUCCGGCGCAACUUCCGCGACCGCACGACGGCGUGGUUCCCGUUCCCCUACACCGAGUUUACGACACGCAAUGUGCUCGUGGAGGAGUUCGCGCAAGGCAUUCCGCUGGCCGACUUUAUGGAGAAUGGCGGCGGUGUGUUCCAGCACGACAUUGCCUCGGAGGGGUUGGACGCCUUUUUGCGCAUGCUGCUGCUUGACAACUUUGUGCAUGCCGAUCUCCACCCGGGCAACAUUAUGGUGCGCUUCUAUAAGUCGGCCAAGCCAGAGCUGUCUCUGACGGGGCCACUUCAAUCGGCCUCGUCUCCGUCUGCGUCGCGGUCUUCGUCUUCGUCUUCUGGAGCCUCCGGCCAGUCCGGCGGUUUGGACGUCACUGAGCAGGUGCUGGAGCGUCUGCGGCCAUACCGGCACGGCAAGAACGUGGCCGCGUGGGAGAGGGAGCUGGCCAAGAUCGAGGCCGAGGGCUUCCACCCGCAGCUCAUCUUUAUUGACACGGGCCUGGUGACACAGCUCAACGAGACCAACCGAACCAACUUUUUGGACCUUUUCCGCGCCGUCGCCGAGUUUGACGGGUACAAGGCCGGCCACCUCAUGUGCGAGCGCUGCCGCCAGCCCGAGGCCGUCAUCGACAAGGAAGUCUUUGCGCUCAAGAUGCAGCACCUGGUCUUGUCCGUCAAGAGCCGCACGCUCGCGCUUGGCAACGUCAAGAUUGGCGACAUUCUGCAGCAGGUGCUGGGCAUGGUCCGCUCGCACCAUGUCCGGCUCGAGGGCGACUUUGUCAACAUUGUCAUCUCCAUCCUGCUGCUCGAGGGCAUCGGCCGCAGCCUCGACCCGGCCACGGACCUGCUGAGCGCGUCGCUGCCCAUCCUGCGGCAGCUUGGCGCGCAGAGCGGCGCCGGUAUGAUGAAGCAGGGCGACUUCUCCAUGCUGCGGAUCUGGGUCGGACUGGAGACGCGGCGGUUCCUGCAGGCGAGCGUGGAGGACGUGGAGCGGUGUGUCAAGUACGAUCUGCUCUCGCCGAAUGUAUGA